ACCAGUCCACUUCUGAUGCUACUUCCACCUUGCAAUUCGCGACUUUCGUUGUUUCCGUCCUCUCAUGUCGAAUGAUUCGCACCUGUAGACUCUCUCCCAUAUACCAUGCCCUGCGCACUCCCAAAUGGACCUUAACAAUGUCUAGAUUGUGGUAUACCACCCAAGAUACCCUAGACUUCACUCGUUCUCUUCCCACCACCUCCGAGGAAUGGAAGCAUCCCACUAGAGGUGGUCAAGACCUCUCGAAUAGAUACAAGAGAUUAGAAAAGUCAUUGCGCGGGAAGGGGGCCUAUGAGCAAGAUAUAUCGGAAUUGAAGGAAGAUGCUGAAGGUGCCAUUUCGUCUGGGGAGAAGAUACAGAGACGCCGUAGAAAGCCGAAGACUUUCAUGGGUUUCAUCAUUCCGGAACAGCCCAAACCUCCCGCGGAAGACGAAUGUUGUAUGUCAGGCUGCGCCAUUUGCGUGUACGACCUCUAUCAAGAAGCCCUGGAUGACUACAACAAGGCCAUAGACUCACUUCAAAAGUCCCUCCGCGCUUUACGUGUCCCGGAGAGUAAGUGGCCUGCUGAAAUCCGCACCUCUCGACAGAAACGCCUGGCAUCGAAGAAAAACAUUACCCUGUCCGCGUUUGAAGAAUUGGAGAGGCGGUUGAAUCAGAAACAUCAUGCGGAGACCCAAGGCUCUGCGGCUCCCGCCCCAGAACAGAGCUCUCUACGAUUAGCCCCGCUCCGGCCACGUCGAAAAGCUCGGAGAAAGCUACCGAAAGUGACGGAAUUGUUCGAGGGGCUUAUGUGGUUAGCGUUCAGCAAGAGAUGAAGUAGACAACACGAUAAAAGCGCUUUGAACUCAAUAAACUAUGCUUUUAUGA